AUGCUUUCUUUCUCUCUGCAACAAAAUAUUCCUGUUUCUUUCUUUUGUCGACAGAAUAAUGCUAGUUUCUUUCUUUUUCAAGAAAAUAUUUUUUUAUUUUUUUUCCACAUAAUAUUGCUUUUCCUUUCUUUCGAGUCUUUUAUUCAGUUUUCUUUCUUUCUUUUUUUCAAUACCAUAUUACUUUUUAUUCACUUUUCCUUUUCACUUUUUUCUUUUUCAAAACUAUAUUCCGUUUUCUUACUUUCUUUCUUUUUAAAUUUAUAUUCCUUUUUUUUCUUUCUUCAGCAUUAUAUUCCUUUUUCUUACUUUUUUUUCAACAAAGCAUUUUUUUCUUUCUUUCUUUUCCUUUCCUGUUCAACACUUUAUUCCAUUGUCUGCCUUUCCUUUUCCAACACAAUUUUGUUUUUUCUUUUUUCCAACAAACUAUCAGUAUUUACUUUCUUUUUGCAACGAAAUAUUCUUUUUCUUUCUUUCUUUCUUUCUCAACGCAAUAUUCCUUUUCUUUCUUUCUUUUUCAACGUAAUAUUCUUUUUUUCUUUCUUUCAUAUUUCUUUCUUUUUUUCUUUCUUUCUCAACGCAAUAAUCCUUUGUCUUUCUUUCCUUCUUUUUCUUUCUUUUUCAAAUUUAUAUUCUUUUUUUUUCUUUUUUCAGCAUAAUAUUCAUUUUUUUUACAUUCUUUCUUUUUCAACAAAGCAUUUUUACCUUUCUUUCUUUAGUCUUUCCUUUUCAACACUAUAUUCCUUUGCCUGCAAUUCUUUUUCCAACAGAAUAUUUUUAUUUUUCUUCCCAACACACUAUCAGUAUUUCCUUUCUUUUUCCAACGAAACUUUCCUUUUUCUUUCUUUUUUUCUUUUUCAACGCAAUAUUCCCUUUUCUUUCUUAAUGCAAUAUUCUUUUUCUUUCUUUCUUUUUGAACACAAUAUUCUUUUUUCUUUCUUUCUUUCUUUCUUUCUUUUUCUUUCUUUAUUUUUCAAUGUGAUCUUCCUUUUUCUUUCUUUCUUUUUCCACCACAUUAUCAGUUUUCCUUUCUUUUUUUCAACACAAUAUUCCCAAUGUCAUUAUUUCUUUUACAACAAGAUAUUACUUCUCUUUAUUUCUAUUUUAAAGAGACUAUUACUAUUUCUUUUUUUUUAA